AUGCGCCGCCCCCUCCAGAAAGACACAAUAACCUCCACCCGAGGCGGAGUUAUCGAAAACAGCCACAGCGUCCACGUAGCAAUAACAAAUACAAAAGGCGACCUCCUCUACUAUGUCGGCGAUCCCCAUCGCCUAACCCUAGCCCGCUCAGCAGCAAAACCAGCACAAGCACUAGCAAUCGUCGAAACAGGCGCAGUCGACAAAUUCAAUCUAGACGAAGGCGAUCUGGCGUUCAUGUGUGCAUCGAAUAACAGCGAAGAACGACAUAUCGCUCGUGCGCGCUCUAUGCUUCACAAAAUCGGUGCCGGAGAACGGGAUCUUCGAUGUGGGGGUCAUAUCCCUCUUUCUGAUUCCGUCCAUCGAGAUUGGAUUAAGAGGGAUUUUGUGCCGGGGCCAGUUUGUAGUAAUUGUUCCGGCAAGCAUGUUGGCAUGAUUGCCGGUGCGAAGGUUUUGGCUGGUGAUGAUGUGGAUGGGGAUGGAGUGGAGGGGUACCAUCUCCCAACACAUCCUAUCCAGCUCCAUGUUCGUCGUGUUGUUGAUGAAGUCUGUGGUCUUGGGCUUGGUGAUGGCCCUGGUGAUGAUACUCGUGACGAAUCAGUCUGGGGCCUUGAUGGCUGUAAUCUCCCUGCCCCAGCCUUCGAACUCCACUAUCUAGCACGUAUGAACGCUACGUUCGCCGCUGCAGCUGAUAUCAUGGCUACCAACCCUUCUACCUCCAUGGGUACGAGAAUAGAAGCUAUGAGUCGGGUUUUCAAUGCUAUGUGGCGCCAUCCUGGCCUUGUCGGUGGUGAAGGUCGCUUUUGUACAUUGCUUAUGGAGGCGUAUGGGGGUUUGCUCAUUGGGAAGCUUGGCGCGGAUGGGUGUUAUGGGAUCGGGGUGAGGGAGUGUGCGGCGACGAGGAAGCUGGGGGUUGAGGGGGCGCUGGGGAUUUCGGUUAAGAUUGAGGAUGGGAACGUUGGCGUUCUUUACUCUGCUGUUGUGGAGGUUUUGGCGCAGUUGGGUAUUGGUAUUGGGGCGGAUGGGGAUGGAGAUGGGGUUCCGGGGAUUUUGGAGAAGUUUCAUUAUCAGAGGAUCUUUAAUACUGUUGGUGUUGAGACUGGGGUUUUGGCGCCUUGUUUUCGGGUGAGGGCGGUUUGA